AACCAAGUGGUCAACUCGGGUUUCGCAAAGUACACAAACGCCAGUCGUAAAAAAAAAAAAAGAAAAGAAUAACAAUCGUUAAUAUAGCAUUGUGUGAUUUCAGAAUGAAAUACACGAUACCUGUAUUCUUCGUACAAAGGCGGGCAUAAAAAUCCAAUUGGUUAGAGGAGACACGCCUCAGCAGUACGGUGGAGGGAGAUUUGACUGUUGUGGUUGCAGUGUAUUAGUGUAUGCGUGUCACGUUGUGCUCGAAGCUGUAUUCGUUCGUAGUAGGAAUUCGCGUCUUUGAUCAAAGUGCUAAUAAUUAAUCGUAACUUAUUAUACCGAGUGGAAGUCGAAUCGAAUUUCGUGCGCAAAAAUGAGUGUAUCCAGUUCGAACUACUCGUUUUCGUUAUCACCGCCAACCGGUUUGGAUAAAAAUACUUCGAUGUCGCCGGUAGAUUCGCACGUGAAACGCCCCAUGAAUGCGUUUAUGGUGUGGUCGCGUAUACAACGUCGUAAAAUCGCCGUAGAAAACCCCAAAAUGCAUAAUUCCGAGAUCUCCAAACGUCUAGGAGCUGAAUGGAAGCUGUUGACGGAAAAGGAGAAAUGUCCGUUUAUCGACGAAGCCAAACGAUUACGAAUGCUGCACAUGAAAGAGCAUCCCGAUUACAAGUAUCGUCCCAGACGUAAGCCGAAAGUGCCCAGUCACAUGAAUGGUAAAUCGUCGCAUACAGAUCCGGUAAUUACGAGCUCGGUGCCGGUAUCAUCAUCGUUCACAUCGCUACCGAUGCCAACGUAUUUCCCGCACAGCGGAGGAGCACCUUCGAACCAGUUGGAUAGCUUAGGAGCGGCUUAUCCGAUGCCUCCUUAUUUUGGUCAUCCUUUCGAUCCGAUACAUAUCAGUAAGCUCAUGCAGUCUCAACAUGCCGUCUCGCCCAGUGAUGAAAGUUCCAAAGCUAUUGCCGCAUCUCUGUAUUCACCAUUUUAUCCGACGCCGACCAGCACGGUGACCUCAGUAGCUCACGAUAGAUCGUAUCAGAAUUCCUUAUCUUCGUUCGGUUCGCUGUUUCCUCAUGGUCCGGCUGCGCCCCAUCAUCUUCUAUAUCAAUCGGCCACCGCUAGAAGUCCGGAUAGUUAUAUCAAAAGCGAAAAUCACGACGAUACCGAACCUCAAUCGUCUACCCAAUUAGACAUCGAUCCUUUGAGACGAUCAGUGCCUGUCAUGAUGUAUUAGUCAAUUGGUAAAUUCUAAUGAUUUUUCGAUUUCGUCGAAUAUUGCUAUCGUUUUCGACGUUUUAGUAUUUUCGUUUUCGUUCUAUUUUAUUUUCUUUUUUUUUUCAUUCAAGUUCCUCUUCGUUUUGUUCUCUUUAUUAUUUUAAUUUUAGGUACGCAAAAUUGUUACGUUUUUAAGUUUUUUCCUUUCUUUUAUUAUCUUUACGUUUGUAUCGACUAUAGGUACUGGACUAUAAACGCAUGCGUCCGACGAAAUUACUUUCUCGACACUAUUACCGGUUCAGAUCGUAAUUUUUCAUUUUCACCCUAUACGAGAAAACUUCGAAAUUAAUCAUGUUUAAAAUGAAUUUUAGCUACGUGAUGAUAUCGUUGUAUAUUCGUUAUUGUUUUAUCGAGUGUUCUGUAUCGAAAAUGUGUUCCAUUUCACAUUCGUUGUCUUUUAGUUAAAUAGGUAUAAUUUCAUUUUCAACCAAAAUAUUGAUAAAAAUUUUGCUUUUAAGUUAGUUUGCUUCGGUAUGAAAACCAUACGAUAAUUCUGUUUGAAAACUUGUACAUAAAUAGAUAUUUGUUUAUUUUAUGUGAUAUUAAGUUUCAUAAGUUGAGUUACAUUUUGUUUAUUUUCUUUAUAUAAUUCCAGUGCCAUUUUGUUAAUUAAUUUGUUACGAUUAAUAAAAUUUAGUUGGGAUUUUCA